AUGGUUUCAAAAGGAUCAUCCCACACUAAUUAUAGCUAUCUAGAAACAUUAAAAAGUAAUGUGCAACACAUAAUUAGUUUAUCUUCUUUUCUUGGUUCUUCAUUAGGACCAAAAGGGGGUGAUAAGUUAUUGGUUGACUCUGAAGGCAACAUCACAAUAACCAAUGAUGGUUUUCAAAUAUUGAAAGCGUUAUCAUUAUCGUUUGAUAAAAACAAUAAUAAUAAUGAUGUUGUUGGUAUUGGUGACGAUAAAAUACGACAACUAAAUGAUCACGAUAGAGAUAAAACUUUAAACAACAACAACAACAACAACAACAACAACAACAACAACAACAACAACAACAACAACAACAACAACAACAACAACAACAACAACAACAACAACAACAACAACAACAACAACAAUAAUAAUAAUAAUAAUAAUAAUCAUUAUCAUUAUCAAUCACUAGUUGAACUAAUUUAUCGAUGUUGUAGCGAUCACAACAAAAUAUUUGGAGAUGGAACGACAUCAAUCGUUGUCAUUAUUGGAGCACUUUGUCAAUCAUCACUUCACUUAAUCAAUGAAAAAAAUAUUCAUCCAUCAACCAUUGCUGAAUGCUAUCGCAUUGCCCUCUUACAAUCUUUUCACCUCAUUGAUCAAUAUUCUAUUCCAUUAUCAAUCAAUCAAAAUAAUAAUAAUAAUAAUAAUAAUAAUAAUAAUAAUAAUAAUAAUAAUAAUAAUAAUAAUAAUAAUAAUAAUAAUAAUAAUAAUAAUAAUAAUAAUAAUAAUACACUACCAAUAUCAUUAUUAGGAGAGGACAGUUUAAAUUCAAAGAAUGUUUAUCAUCAUAGAAAACUUUUAUCUGGUUUAUGCCUAGAAGCAUUACAAUUGGUUUCAUUAAAAACAAGAAUAAUAAUAGAAUUUGUAGAGGGAGCAUCGAUAAAUGAUAUAAUCACAUGGGUAUCUGGUGACAAAUUAGAAAUCAUUUCCCAAAUAUCAGGUGCAACCAUUUGCCAUAAACUACCAAACAAGAUCAAAAAAAUUAAUAAUGACGAGAGAUUUAUCGGAUAUUUAAAUGAUUUAUCUAUGGUGAUUUAUAAUAUGGAUGAUCCUGUCAAUAAUAUACUUCUCCAAUAUGGUGGUGGUGGUGGUGGUGGUGAUCAAACAAAAGUGGACCCAGUGGUUACCAUUUUAAUAAGAGGUGGUACCAAACAAAUGUGCCAAGAGGCUAUGGAAUGUGUACAAGAUUGUUUAAGUGUAUUGGCAAAUGCAUUACCAGAAAUAGAUGGUAGAAAACGAGCGGUCACAAGUGGCGCAGGUUCAACAGAAUUGUAUCUUUAUACAAACCUAUCAAAAUUUAUUGACAAUCAGAAGAAAAGAGAAUCAAAAGAUCAAGAAACACGUUGGAAGAACCAUUUUAGAGUAGACAGUCAAGUAGAAGAAAUGUGCAUUAAAUCUUGGUGCCACUCUUUGUUAUCAAUACCAAAAACAUUAUUAGAGAAUGGUGGUGGUGGUGGCGGCAAUGACAACCAAACUAGAGACCCACUAUCUCUAUUGACUGACAUUUAUCAAUCUCAUUACAAUAAUAUUGACAAAGUUGAGUCAAUGGACCAUUGUAGGUUGGGAAUUAAAAGUCAACAAAUCACAACAACAUCUGACCCAGGAGGUGAUCACCAAAUGGCAAUUUGUUGGGAGCUGGUAGAACAAAAAAAGUCUAUCCUCCAAAUGGCCACCGAUUUGACUAUAAUGAUUCUCCAAGUUGAUUGUAACCUUACUUUAACCAAUUUAAAAUCAUAA